GCUUGAGCAAUAUUUUAGUUUUUUGGCACCACAGAAGGCGUUUAGUUCUUGUUAACAAUGUUUAAACAGGACCUCCUUCUCCCCUGUGUUUAUUGGUUUUGAGACUGCAAUUCAAAACAAUUCACUUUGUGCAGAUACAUUUGAUAAAGUCUUUCUCAAGCUAUUGUGACCCUGACAAAAUAUGGAAGUAGGAUAAAUGUAAGAGAAUCACUACUUAAGAGACAAGGCAUUCCAAAUGUACUGUGGGAAUAUAGGUAAACCAUAGAUAAACUUUUGGUUCAGGACCAAGUAAAUAACACAUAUGAAAAUGGUUGCAAGCUGUCUUCAGGGUUGUACUUCCUCAUGGCCUUUCUUACAGUUUUAUCUGGAAAAGAUGCUGAUACUAGCCUUUAAUUUCUGCUCAAGGAAGCUUGUGGGUUUUGAGUACUUGUAGUGUAACUGGUCAUUUGAGCUUUGCAAAUAUAGUAAGUGUUAGUAAGUUUAGUGCCAUCACAAUCUGAUCUGAUUUGGAGCCUGAGACUUUCAUUGUCUGUAUUUAAAAACAAAAAUGUUUCAUUUUGAACCUGAGAGGAAGUUGGUUAUAUAAUAAAGUUCUUAAUAGGGUGAAAUGAAGAUAGCUGUAACUGCAGUUCCUUAUUUGUUUUAAGGUUUUUCCAGUAACUAUGUUCCUAUGUUGUUCCUAUGAUUAAAGGACUAUUUGUUUAUCAUCUUACUUUAAAUAUUUACUUGCUUCUGCAGAGAUAAAAUCAUCUCCCUACUUUUGGUACUUCUGAGUUCCAUGGUCCAAUUCACGUGCCGUGCACACAGGUGGUAUUUCAUUCUGGCUGGUAGCUCCUUAUUUUUCCCCAUGAACAGAUGGAACUGGAGGGAGAAGGUUUCACGGUCAUGGAGGAUGGAGUUAGGAGAGAAAUUCUCCUUUAGUUGUUAAUGCUGAACACUUGCACUUACCAGCAAGUAACUUAAGAUUUUAGAGCAUAGAACAACAUAGUAACAAAAUUUUAUAUUGUCUUAACCUCUGCAGCCUCUCUGUGAGCAAGAUUUUCACAUUAGUGCCAUCUCUCUUACAAAGCCUUUUAAAGUUACCUGAUGCUGCACUGCUUUUUUUUACCCAAGUCGAUUUCCCCCCACCAAAAUAUUAUCUGAUCCUUUUAAUGUACAAAAUAAUAAAACAAUAAGUGACAUAAACUGUAUUACUUUUUCCAGUUGCUUUAGGUAUAGCUGUACUGUGUAGUGCUCUGGAGUGUAGGAACAGUGUACUAAUAGUGCCAAAUGGGGCUGACUGGGAAUCAGAGGUGAAAUAAUCAGAGGUUUGCCAUCUCAUGGCUAAUAACCAAGGUGCAGCAUUUCAUCUAGUUAUUUGCCAGGUCCUGCAGUGGCCACUGCUGGAUUUACUGCCUCUACCACCUGCCUGGGUUAGCUGGAGAACCUUGUGAUGGAUUCAUGGAAUUGUGCUGAAGUGAGCUCAGACUCGGUGCCCUUGUUGGCUUGUGUGUGUCUGCUUGCAAAUUCUAAGAUGAAUAUUUUAUAACUCUGAAAAUAAGAGGUGGACGAACUAGUGGAGAAAACUGCACGUUCAGUAGCUUCACAGUUGCUCAGCUGGGUUAGUGUUAAUGUAGCUUAGUUCUUAUUCCCCUGCUGUAAUGAUGAGAAAUCACUUGGUUCCUCAGAGAGAUGCUCUUGCUGAUCACGGGCUGUCAGUGCAUUAAUUACUGGGUUUGCACUUUUUAUUAACUCUUUUAGCAGUUCACGUGCUCUCAGUGAGUAUCAUUUAAUCAGAGAAAUACUGCUGUGUGUCAGUUUCUAGUUUGUUACAGUUCCUUUUCCCAGAGCUAUUUAAAAGAUUUCUUAGUUUCUGAAAGUCCAGUUGUCAUAGGAAUGACUCCUCUUUCAUUUCAGAAGAGCAGAGCUCUGUAACUUUAUUGUCACAUUUGUAUUCUAACCUUUUUCUCUUUUACCUAGUGAGAGAGCAGCUUUGGUGUUGAAGAGAAACCUCGGAAAGGAAUGGGCCCUGUUCUCUUGAAGCUGUUUGCCCUGAUCCCAGGAAUGCUGUAGAGGAUCCGAGGGAGCUUCCAGCAGGCAGCCAAGAUGAAUAUGGUGAAGAGGAUCAUGGGCCGGCCCCGGCAGGAGGAGUGCAGCCCCCAGGACAACGCGCUGGGCCUGAUGCAUCUGCGGCGCCUCUUCACCGAGCUCUGUCAUCCCCCACGCCACAUGACCCAGAAGGAGCAGGAAGAAAAACUUUACAUGAUGUUACCGGUGUUCAACAGGGUGUUUGGAAAUGCUCCUCCAAGUACAAUGACAGAGAAAUUUUCUGACCUCCUGCAGUUUACUACUCAAGUGUCACGAUUGAUGGUGACUGAAAUUCGACGGAGAGCAUCGAAUAAAUCCACAGAGGCUGCAAGUCGUGCCAUAGUCCAGUUUCUGGAGGUCAAUCAAAGUGAAGAAGCAAGUAGAGGUUGGAUGCUGCUCACCACAAUCAAUUUACUAGCUUCAUCAGGACAGAAAACUGUGGACUGCAUGACUACAAUGUCUGUGCCUUCCACACUUGUUAAAUGUCUAUAUCUGUUUUUUGACCUUCCACACGUGCCUGAGGUAGUUGGAGGAGCACAGAAUGAACUACCUCUCGCAGAGCGCCGAGCGCUACUACAGAAAGUCUUUGUACAGAUCCUAGUAAAAUUGUGCAGUUUUGUGUCCCCGGCGGAAGAACUGGCUCAGAAGGAUGAUCUCCAGCUUCUGUUCAGUGCAAUAACCUCAUGGUGCCCUCCCUAUAACCUGCCUUGGAGGAAGAGUGCAGGAGAAGUUCUAAUGACCAUAUCUCGUCAUGGCCUUAGUGUCAAUGUAGUGAAAUACAUCCAUGAAAAGGAAUGUUUGUCCACGUGUGUCCAGAACAUGCAGCAGUCUGAUGACCUUUCUCCCCUAGAAAUAGUUGAGAUGUUUGCUGGACUUUCUUGUUUUCUCAAAGAUUCCAGUGAUGUAUCCCAAACGUUGUUGGAUGAUUUUAGGAUAUGGCAAGGAUACAACUUCCUCUGUGACCUCCUCCUCAGAUUAGAACAGGCAAAAGAAGCUGAAUCUAAGGAUGCUUUGAAGGACUUAGUUAAUUUGAUAACUUCCUUAACAACAUAUGGUGUCAAUGAAUUAAAGCCAGCUGGUGUUACCACUGGAGUACCUUUCCUGCUACCUGGAUUUGCAGUCCCACAGCCUGCAGGAAAAGGUCAUAGUGUGAGGAACAUUCAAGCAUUUGCUGUCCUCCAGAAUGCAUUUUUGAGAGCAAAAACCAACUACCUAGCACAAAUCAUCCUUGAUGCCAUCACGAAUAUUUAUAUGGCGGACAAUGCCAACUACUUCAUUUUGGAAUCGCAGCACACAUUGUCUCAGUUCGCAGAGAAAAUUCCUAAACUUCCAGAAGUGCAGACCAAAUACUUUGAGAUGCUGGAAUUGGUUGUCUUCAGCUUGAAUUACAUACCCUGUAAAGAACUGAUCAGUGUGAGCAUCCUUUUAAAAUCCAGCACUUCUUUUCAGUGUAGCAUCAUUGCCAUGAAGACACUGCUGAAGUUCACCCGUCAUGACUACAUCUUUAAGGAUGUCUUCAGGGAAGUGGGGCUUCUGGAGGUGAUGGUAAAUCUUCUUCAUAAAUAUGCAGCCCUUUUGAAAGAUCCCACUCAGGCACUGAAUGAUCAAGUGGAUUCAAGAAACAGUUCAUUUGAGGACCAAAAGCAGCUGGCUUUAUUGGUUAUGGAGACCCUGACAGUACUACUACAGGGAUCAAACACAAAUGCAGGCAUUUUCAGGGAGUUUGGUGGUGCCAGGUGUGUGCACAACAUCGUGAAGUACCCGCAGUGCCGGCAGCACGCCCUGAUGAUCAUCCAGCAGCUGGUGCUGUCACCCAGCGGGGAGGAUGACAUGGGCACCCUGCUGGGGCUGAUGCACUCAGCCCCACCCACGGAGCUGCAGCUCAAAACCGACAUCCUGAGGGCCCUACUCUUGGUGCUGAGAGAGAGUCACCGCACAAGAACUGUUUUUAGGAAAGUCGGUGGAUUUGUGUACGUCACAUCUUUACUGGUUGCCAUGGAAAGAUCUUUGUGCUCACCACCUAAGAAUGGCUGGGAAAAAGUAAACCAGAACCAAGUGUUUGAACUGCUUCACACUGUGUUCUGCACAUUGACUGCAGCAAUGCGCUACGAGCCAGCCAACUCUCACUUCUUCAAGACAGAGAUCCAGUAUGAAAAACUGGCAGAUGCUGUUCGAUUACUUGGCUGCUUCUCAGACUUGAGGAAAAUAAGUCCCUUGAAUGUCUUCCCUUCAAAUACACAACUAUUUCAGAGACUUUUGGAUGAUGAUCUAAUAUCCCUGGAUUCUGUGUCACCUACUCUAAGACACUGCAGCAAACUUUUUAUUUACCUCUACAAGGUAGCAACAGAUUCUUUUGACAGUCGUGCAGAACAGAUCCCUCCUUGCCUGACAAAUGAGACUUCUCUCCCCUCUCCUUGGGGUACGCCAGCUUUGUCCAGGAAAAGGCAUGCAUAUCAUUCUGUUUCAACACCUCCUGUUUGCCCUCAGAAAAACAUAGCUGAUGUGAAACUCCAAACAGGACCCACGUCCGUACAAAGCUCUGAUGCAGUCAUUAUUCACCCUGGUGCUAUGCUUGCAAUGCUGGAUCUUCUGGCCUCUGUUGGAUCAACUACACACCCAGAGCAUGCACUGGAUCUCCAGCUGGCAGUGGCCAACAUCCUGCAAUCUCUGGUGCAUACAGAGAGAAACCAGCAAGUCAUGUGUGAAGCUGGGCUCCAUGCACGACUUCUGCAAAGAUGCAGCGCUGCUCUGGCAGAUGAGGACCACUCCUUGCAUCCACCACUCCAAAGGAUGUUUGAAAGGCUGGCCUCCCAGGCUCUGCAGCCCAUGGUGUUGAGGGAAUUUUUACGCUUGGGAAAUCCUUUGAAUUGUGGAGCCUGGGACAAAAAGCUGUUGAAACAGUACCGAGUGCACAAACCCAGCUCACUGAGUUUUGAACCAGAAAUGAGAAAUAGCAUGGUCACCUCCACGGAAGGUCUGGGUCCUGACAGCGUCUUCGGCGUGCACGAGGACAGCCACUACCGGAUAAGCAGGAGCCUGCUCAAGCCAGCAGAAGGGAGCACAGUGCCCCUGACCAGAGUCAAGUGUUUGGUCUCCAUGACUACCCCACAUGACAUCAGGCUUCACGGAUCAUCGGUGACGCCGGCGUUCAUCGAGUUUGACACUUCCCUGGAAGGGUUCGGCUGCCUGUUCUUGCCAAGUCUGGCUCCCCACAAUGCACCUACAAAUAAUGCUGUUACUACAGGACUUGUUGAUGGCGCUGUUGUGAGCGGAAUUGGAACUGGUGAAAGGUUUUUCCCACCACCAUCUGGUUUAAGCUACUCAACUUGGUUUUGUAUUGAACAUUUUAGUACGCCUCCCAAUAACCAUCCUGUGAGGCUCCUCACUGUAGUGCGGCGUGCGAACUCCUCGGAGCAGCAUUAUGUCUGCCUUGCCAUUGUUCUCUCGGCAAAAGACCGCUCACUGAUUGUUUCAACUAAGGAAGAAUUGCUUCAGAAUUAUGUUGAUGACUUCAGUGAGGAAUCAUCAUUUUAUGAAAUUCUUCCCUGUUGUGCCCGUUUCCGCUGCGGUGACCUCAUUGUGGAAGGCCAGUGGCAUCACCUGGUUCUGGUCAUGAGUAAAGGCAUGCUGAAGAACAGCACAGCUGCACUCUACCUCGAUGGACAGCUUGUCAACACUGUUAAGCUUCACUACAUCCACAGCAGCCCCAGUGGCUCUGGCUCUGCCAACCCCCCCGUGGUCAGCACGGUGUACGCCUACAUCGGCACGCCGCCCGCUCAGCGCCAGCUCUCCUCCCUGGUGUGGCGCCUGGGCCCCACGCACUUCCUGGAGGAAGUGCUGCCUGCCCCGGGGGUCAGCACCAUUUAUGAGCUGGGACCCAACUACGUGGGGAGCUUCCAAGCCGUUUAUGUUCCAUGUAAAGAUUCAAAGUCUGAAGGAAUCAAUCCAUCGCCAGUAUCUUUGGUACCAGAAGAGAAGGUCUCCUUUGGUCUCUAUGCACUGUCAGUUUCUUCAUUUACAGUGGCAAAAAUAAGGAAAGUUUACAACAAGUUGGAUAGUAAAGCUAUUGCCAAACAGCUGGCAAUUUCUUCUCAUGAAAAUGCCACACCUGUGAAGCUGCUACAUAACUCAGCAGGGCAUUUGAAUGGACCAGCACGCUCUAUUGGUGCAGCUUUGAUAGGAUAUUUGGGAGUAAGAACAUUUGUCCCCAAACCUGUUGCCACUACACUGCAGUACGUUGGUGGGGCUGCUGCUAUUUUGGGACUUGUAGCCAUGGCAUCAGAUGUGGAAGGACUGUAUGCAGCUGUGAAAGCCUUGGUCUGCGUGGUAAAGAGCAAUCCACUGGCCAGCAAAGAGAUGGAAAGAAUCAAAGGGUAUCAGCUGCUGGCAAUGCUGUUAAAGAAGAAAAGGUCCCUUCUGAACAGCCACAUACUCCACCUGACCUUUUCCUUGGUGGGAACUGUUGACAGCGGGCAUGAGACAUCCAUCAUCCCAAAUUCUGCUGCCUUCCAGGACCUGCUCUGCGAUUUUGAAGUCUGGCUUCAUGCACCCUAUGAGCUUCAUCUGUCAUUAUUUGAGCACUUCAUUGAACUCCUCACUGAGUCAAGCGAAGCAGCAAAGAAUGCAAAGUUAAUGAGGGAAUUCCAGCUCAUCCCAAGGCUGCUGUUGACUCUUCGAGACAUGUCCCUGUCCCAGCCCACUAUUGCUGCCAUUAGCAAUGUGCUGAGCUUUCUGCUUCAGGGCUUCCCCAGCAGCUAUGACCUACUCAGGUUUGGACAGUUCAUCUCUUCCACUUUACCUACGUUCGCAGUCUGUGAGAAGUUUGUGGUCAUGGAAAUAAACAAUGAAGAAAAGCUUGACAGUGGAACAGAGGAUGAUUUUGGAGGACUUGUUUCAGCUAAUCUCAUUCUGCUACGGAACAGGCUUUUAGAUAUCCUUCUGAAACUUCUCUAUACAUCUAAAGAGAAGACAACUGUUAAUUUGCAGGCUUGUGAAGAGCUGGUCAAGACUCUGGGUUUCGAUUGGAUUAUGAUGUUCAUGGAAGAACAUUUGCAUUCCACCACAGUCACGGCAGCCAUGAGAAUUCUCGUGGUCCUGUUGAGCAAUCAGUCCAUCCUUAUCAAGUUUAAGGAGGGUCUCAGUGGAGGAGGCUGGCUGGAUCAGACAGAUUCUGUCCUGACCAAUAAGAUUGGUACUGUGCUAGGGUUCAAUGUCGGCCGGAGUGCUGGUGGCAGAUCCACGGUGCGGGAGAUUAACCGGGAUGCUUGUCACUUCCCAGGCUUCCCUGUCCUGCAGUCCCUUCUCCCAAAGCACACUAAUGUCCCUGCACUCUAUUUCCUCCUCAUGGCCCUUUUCCUGCAGCAGCCAGUCACUGAACUGCCUGAAAACCUGCAGGUCAGUGCACCUGUCAUCAGCAGCCAGUGUAAUCAGGGUGCCAAGUUUGAUUUAGACUCCAUUUGGACAUUCAUAUUUGGAGUUCCUGCUUCCUGUGGCACUGUUACCUCCUCAAUACACAGUGUUUGCACAGAAGCUGCCUUCUUGUUACUGGGAAUGCUGAGGAGCAUGCUGAAUUCUCCCUGGCAGUCAGAGGAAGAAGGCUCUUGGCUUCGAGAAUACCCAGUCACCCUGAUGCAGUUCUUUCGGUAUUUGUAUCACAAUGUACCCGACCUCAUUUCCUUGUGGAUGAGCCCAGAGUUCCUGUGUGCACUGGCAGCAACAGUGUUUCCUUUCAACAUCCGACCUUACUCUGAGAUGGUCACUGAUCUCGAUGAUGAAGCUGGGUCCCCAGCUGAAGAGUUUAAAGCCUUUGCAGCUGAUUCUGGCAUGAACAGGAGCCAAUCAGAAUAUUGCAAUGUGGGCACCAAGACCUACCUGACCAACCACCCUGCCAAGAAGUUUGUGUUUGACUUCAUGCGUGUGAUGAUCAUUGAUAACCUGUGUCUCACACCAGCCAGCAAACAGACUCCACUGGUAGACCUGCUGCUUGAGGCUUCUCCUGAAAGAUCAACACGAACACAGCAGAAAGAGUUUCAGACAUAUGUUUUGGAUGGAGUGAUGGACCACCUACUUGCAGCUGAUGUUUUAUUGGGUGAAGAUGCAUCUCUGCCUAUAACGAGUGGAGGAAGUUACCAAGUGCUGGUGAACAACGUGUUUUAUUUUACACAGCGUGUGGUAGAUAAGCUCUGGCAGGGCAUGUUCAACAAAGAAUCCAAGCUUCUUGUGGACUUCAUAAUCCAGCUUAUUGCACAGUCAAAAAGAAGAUCUCAGGGACUCUCACUGGAUGCCAUUUAUCACUGCCUGAACAGAACCAUCCUGUAUCAGUUCUCAAGAGCGCACAAAACUGUUCCUCAGCAAGUGGCUCUCCUUGAUUCCCUAAGGGUCCUUACUGUGAACAGGAACUUAAUUCUGGGACCUGGAAACCAUGAUCAGGAGUUUAUCAGCUGCCUAGCUCACUGCUUGAUUAAUCUUCACGUGGGAAGCAAUGUUGAUGGGUUUGGAUUGGAAGCAGAAGCCAGGAUGACAACUUGGCACAUUAUGAUCCCCUCUGAUAUAGAACCAGAUGGAGUCUACAAUCAAGAUGUCAGUGAAGGUCGCCAGCUUCUUUUAAAAGCCAUAAACAGAGUAUGGACAGAGCUGAUCCACAGUAAAAAACAGGUUUUGGAAGAAGUUUUCAAAGUGACACUUCCUGUCAAUGAUCGCGGCCAAGUGGAUAUAACUGUUGCCAGACCUUUCAUUGAGGAAGCGAGUUUAAAGUGUUGGCAAAAUCAUUUGGCUCAUGAGAAAAAAUGCAUCAGUAGAGGAGAGGCUUUGGUUCCAACCACACAGUCAAAACUUUCACGAGUCAGCAGUGGAUUUGGCCUCUCUAAACUGACUGGUUCCAGGAGAAACCGCAAGGAGAGUGGGCUGAGUAAACACAACCUCUCUACACAGGAAAUUUCCCAGUGGAUGUUUACCCACAUUGCAGUGGUUCGGGACCUGGUUGAUAUGCAGUAUAAAGAAUACCAGGAGCGUCAGCAGAACGCGCUGAAGUACGUGACGGAGGAGUGGUCCCAAAUCGAGUACGAGUUACUGCGGGAGAGGGGGCUCUGGGGGCCCCCCAUCGGCUCCCACCUGGACAAGUGGAUGCUGGAGAUGACCGAGGGCCCCUGCAGGAUGAGGAAAAAGAUGGUGCGGAACGACAUGUUCUAUACUCAGUAUCCAUACAUGCCCGAGGCUGAGCAGGAAACAAACUUGCUGUCUGACUUCUCAAGCAGACUUCCUGAGACAUCUGAUGAUACCAUUCCUCAAAAGAAACCCGCUCGCUACCGGAGAGCCAUCAGUUACGACAGCAAGGAGUACUACAUGCGCCUGGCUUCCGGCAACGCCGCCGUCUUCCAGGACACCAUAGAGGAGAACACAGUGGGUGAAACAGCUCAGCAGGAGCCAGAGCACGGGGAGGACACUAUUGCAAGAGUCAAAGGCCUGGUGAAGCCUCCCCUGAAACGAUCUCGCUCUGCUCCUGAUGGAGGAGAUGAUGAGAACCAGGACCAGUCACAGGAUCAAAUUGUUGAGGGGAGUUCUAUUGAUGAAGAGGAAAAAACUGACAAUACAACUUUGCUUCGACUUCUUGAAGAAGGAGAGAAGAUCCAGCACAUGUACCGCUGUGCCCGGGUUCAGGGCCUGGACACCAGCGAGGGGCUGCUUCUCUUUGGGAAGGAGCACUUCUACGUCAUCGAUGGCUUCACCAUGACAGCCACCAGGGAGAUCCGGGACAUCGAGACACUGCCUCCAAAGAUGCAUGAGCCAAUCAUACCUAGGGGAGCAAGGCAAGGUCCAAGUCAACUCAAAAGAACUUGCAGCAUUUUCGCAUAUGAAGAUAUCAAGGAGGUGCAUAAAAGGAGGUACCUUUUGCAGCCAAUUGCAAUUGAAGUUUUCUCAGGAGAUGGACGGAACUAUCUUCUAGCUUUCCAGAAGGGGGUUAGAAACAAAGUUUAUCAAAGGUUUUUGGCUGUGGUGCCAUCUCUGACUGACAGCUCAGAGUCAGUGUCUGGGCAGAGACCAAACACCAGUGUAGAGCAAGGGUCUGGCUUGCUUAGCACUUUAGUGGGAGAAAAGUCUGUUACUCAAAGAUGGGAAAGAGGAGAAAUCAGUAACUUCCAGUACCUGAUGCACUUGAACACUCUGGCUGGCAGAUCCUAUAACGACCUCAUGCAGUACCCUGUCUUCCCCUGGAUCCUUGCAGACUAUGACUCAGAGGAACUGGAUCUUACAAAUCCCAAAACCUUCAGAAACCUGGCCAAACCCAUGGGAGCUCAGACAGAGGACAGGUUAGCCCAGUACAAGAAGCGAUACAAAGACUGGGAAGAUCCCAAUGGGGAGACCCCAGCCUAUCACUAUGGGACCCACUAUUCCUCAGCCAUGAUUGUGGCUUCCUAUCUUGUCCGGAUGGAACCUUUUACUCAGAUUUUCUUAAGGUUACAGGGCGGGCACUUCGACCUGGCUGACCGCAUGUUCCACAGCGUGCGAGAGGCCUGGUACUCCGCCUCCAAGCACAACAUGGCCGACGUCAAGGAGCUCAUCCCCGAGUUCUUCUACCUCCCCGAGUUCCUGCUCAACUCCAACAACUUCGACCUGGGUUGUAAGCAAAAUGGCACUAAACUUGGUGAUGUAAUACUUCCUCCAUGGGCAAAAGGAGAUCCUCGUGAGUUUAUCAGAGUCCAUCGGGAGGCUCUGGAAUGUGACUUUGUGAGUGCUCACCUGCAUGAGUGGAUUGACUUGAUCUUUGGCUAUAAACAGCAAGGUCCUGCUGCAGUAGAAGCUGUAAAUGUCUUUCACCAUCUCUUCUAUGAGGGACAAGUGGACAUAUAUAAUAUCAAUGAUCCAUUAAAAGAGACAGCUACCAUAGGAUUCAUUAAUAACUUUGGACAGAUACCAAAGCAGCUCUUCAAAAAACCCCACCCACCAAAGCGUGUUAGAAGCCGUCUGAAUGGAGAGGCUGUGGGAGCCUCUGUGCCCCCUGGUUCCACGGGAGACAAGAUCUUCUUCCAUCAUUUGGACAACCUGCGGCCGUCUCUUGCCCCAGUGAAAGAGCUCAAGGAGCCUGUGGGGCAGAUCGUGUGUACUGAUAAAGGCAUUCUGGCUGUAGAGCAGAACAAGGUUCUCAUCCCACCCACGUGGAAUAAAACGUUUGCCUGGGGCUAUGCAGACCUCAGCUGCAGACUGGGUACCUAUGAGUCAGACAAGGCCGUGAUUGUUUAUGAGUGCUUGUCAGAAUGGGGUCAGAUCCUGUGUGCCAUUUGCCCCAACCCCAAAUUAGUUAUCACUGGAGGAACAAGCACAGCAGUGUGUGUGUGGGAAAUGGGUGUCUCCAAAGAAAAAGCUAAAGCCCUCACACUGAAACAGGCACUGCUGGGUCACACUGACACUGUCACAUGUUUGACGGCGUCGCUGGCGUAUCACAUCAUUGUGAGCGGAUCCCGGGAUCGCACCUGCAUCAUCUGGGAUCUGAACAAGCUCUCCUUCCUGACACAGCUCCGAGGCCACAGGGCUCCCAUCUCAGCACUCUGCAUCAAUGAGUUAACGGGAGACAUUGUAUCCUGUGCUGGCACUUACAUCCAUGUGUGGAGCAUUAAUGGCAGCCCUACUGCAAGUGUAAACACCUUCACUGGCCAAAGCCAGCAAAUAAUGUGUUGUUUUGUGUCAGAGAUGAACGAGUGGGACACCCAGAACGUCAUUGUAACGGGGCAUUCAGAUGGAGUUGUCCGGUUCUGGCGGAUGGAGUUUUUGCAAGUGCCAGAAACACCAGCUCCAGAGCCUGUGGAGAUGCUGGAAAUGCAAGAGGACUGUCAGGAAGCACAAAUAGGGCAGGAAGCCCACGAGGAGGACAGCAGUGACUCCGAGGCAGACGAUGCGUGCAUAGGCCAGGACACAAAAGUGCAGGAGAGCCAGAGCCAGCCAAGCAGCACCAGCCACAGGCCUCGGUCAUCAUCGGCCAGAGCAGCAGCAGCAUGGUCAGCAGACAGCAGCUCUGACGACUCCAGGCGUUGGUCAGACCAGCUCAGCUUGGACGAGAAAGAUGGAUUUAUCUUUGUGAAUUAUUCCGAGGGACAAGCAAAAAUGCAUCCCUACGCUCAGGUUAACCACCCCCACCCCAGCUAUGCUGAAGCACGGCACUACAGCAAGCUCAAACCAGGAUACAGAUGGGAGCGUCAGCUGGUGUUCAGAAGCAAACUAACUAUGCACACGGCAUUUGAUCGCAAAGACAACGCACACCCAGCAGAGAUCACCGCGCUCGGCAUCUCCAAGGAUCACAGCAGGAUCCUGAUUGGGGACAGCAGGGGCAGGGUGUUCAGCUGGUCCGUGAGCGAUCAGCCGGGCCGGUCCGCGGCCGACCACUGGGUGAAGGACGAGGGCGGCGACAGCUGCUCGGGCUGCACCGUGCGCUUCUCGCUCACCGAGAGGCGGCACCACUGCAGGAACUGCGGACAGCUCUUCUGCCAGAAGUGCAGCCGGUUUCAAUCAGAAAUCAAACGGCUGAAGAUUUCAUCACCAGUCAGGGUGUGCCAGAACUGUUUCUACAACCUGCAGCACGAGCGGGGCUCAGAGGAGGGGCCCAGAAAUUGAUGGGGGCCUGGCAAACCUCAUCCAGCCCCACUGUCACUCCAGGAACCAGUGAGAGCAUCAGAAGGAGUUGGAAUAUUGUCUGUUUACACUUAACGUUUAUACUGCGUUCUAAGCACUAAGAGUAAAAAGGGAUCACUGCAUUGGGUUGUGUUGACAGAAGGCAGACAAGGAGAAGAGCAAGGCCCAGGAAGACAUGGUUAAUAACCACAAAUCCAACAGAACUGGCAGCCCCUAAGCCCAUGCUGACAUGGCUGCCAAGAAAAUCCUCGCUUAUCCCAAACACCCCUUCUUGUCUUGUUUUUGUAGAGUUAGUCAUCUUAACUGGGGGGAGGGGAGGGCAAGGCUUUUUAGAAGAUAGUUGUAAAUCUGCCUUCUUCGCAAGCAACUGUGUAUAUUGUAAAUAGGUAUAACGGCCUUUUUAUCUAAAUAUGAACUUAAAUGCCUGUUACAUGGGACUUCAGAUUAACCACUGUACUUUGUGUGGCAUCUUUAUCUCAUCUAUCAAUUCAGAUAUGAAUGUUUAAAAAAAAAAAAAAAAAAACAAAACCAGAAAACUCGAAGGCAUUAUGUGUAUUUCUGUUAAAAAUCCAGUCUGUGCAUGUUUGUUCUUUCAGUUGCCCACAGUAUCUUAAUUUAAGUGAGGCUAUUCAUAGAAUUACAUGGAUUUUUUCAAAAGAAAACAUUUUUGAGAAUAGGAACUUGGAGUAUUUUAUUCUAGUUGUAAGAUAACCACGAACUAAAUUGUACACUUGUGUUGCAUUUUAUACCAAACUAUUUACCACCUCAGUGUUGUUCAUAUUUAAUAAGGCCUCUUUUAUACAUAUGUCAGAGCUGCAGUUUUGUUAAUUACUUACUGUUCAUUAGCAGCUGAUUCAUGCAGUGCAAGAACCAGCUUUUACCUUCUUUAGUCAAUAGUAAUUGGCUUUUGCAUAUAGGUACAGAAUUAAUUCCUUGUGCAUAAAAUUUAACCGCUGUUGUCCCAUAGCUUCUCUGCAAAAAACCUUUUUGGAACCUUUUUGGCACUGCUUUAAAGCAGGGUGAUCCUGGUCAUGUCAGAAAUGCUCCUCGGAGCCCUCUUUGUCUUUCAGCACACACCAUCAGCUUGAGGACAGCAGUAGAUUUCCAUGAUGGUUUUUAAGUUUCAAUAUGAAUUUAAUUGCAGUAUUUUUUUACUACUCUGUCAUUUAUUUUGCACUACAUGUAGGAUGAAGUAGAGACACUGAUAUCUGCUGGGAUUGGAGCACGUGCAUUGGGAUAGGCCCAUGGACUUAAUUUCUGCAUGAGGUCUUGCCAGUGGGUUUUUGUUUGGGUGAGGGGGGAGAGGGAGGGCAGCAGGCAGGCUCGUGGUUGGUUUGGUUUUGUUUUUUAACAUAUGUGUAUAUAUUUUGUAAAUGGGUGACAAACUGAUCUAGAGCUAGGUAUAUUCACAAUGGAUUCUUUUAAAUAGAGAUAAGGAUAUGACCCAGACCAACAGAAGACAGGUGGCUCUGACAGCAGUACUUGAGUGAAUGUUGUCACUCAAAGGAAUGAGAUUGUCCUUCAUUUGGAAUGACUUGGGCAGGAUUUGGGAUGGCAAAUCCUUAAAACCAGCAUUAUUGUUGGAAUUGCACCAUCAAAAAUGCCAGGCCCUCUGUGUUGGGGUGAGCUCCUUCCAGAGGGCCCCUGUCUUCUCUUGAUUUGAGCUUUUAGCGGUGAAUAAUUUGUUAAUUCUGACCACUUACUAUUUACCCUGGUAUCACAUGUUUAUGCACUGAAGGUUAAAUAUGUAUUUUGAUACUUGUUUGUUUAUUAUGUAUGUGCUGGUCUGUAAAAUGAGAUAUAUUCCUGUUUUGGUAUGUAUACUAGGUCCCCAAAUGAACAGAAAGGCUUCUCUAGAGCCCUUGCACACUGUUGAGUAAAUGCAGGUUUGUUGAGCUUAGCUGACCCAAAUUUUGGAUCCAAAGAGUGAUGGUCAAGUAGCCACACUGUCUAGUGGCUACCUGACAGAUUUGACCCUAAAAACAGGAAGAGUAAGCAUGUGCAGAGCACUGGAAUUUCUGUGUUCAGCUGUUCUCUCUAAUGUUGCCUUCACCCUUCCCAAAAUGAUGCAAAACCAGCAUAGUUCAGAAGACAGGCUCGUGGCCUUAACGUUUUCUGUUUGAAGAAAAGGCUGUUUUAACAACUCUUAAAUGCCUUGGAGUCCACAGUUUUCCUCCCCUUGCCUCCAGAUUUCCAAAUCGCCCCCAAAUUUAAGGAAGCUUCUUUUCUGUGGACUGCAGCUUGUACAGCCACGUGGUUUGACCCCUGAUAAAAGCAAGGCUGUGACAGCAGCAGGGAUGUGAUCCAGCACUGGAGCCAGGACAGAGUCCUGCUGUGGGUCCUGCGUUGUACGGGUGUUGUUCCGCUGCGCACUAAAGAAAUCCUUGUUCCUUACAAAUUCUGCAGUGUGCAGGCUAGGCCCAGUUUACAUUUUGCAUUACCACGGCCCUCUGACUCAAUUCUGUUCCAAAAAAACACGUUUUUGCUUGUUGGAGGCAGAGGGGGACAAACACACCUGCUCGUAUUUCCUCUGGCAGCUGGUGCUGUGGGCAACUGUGGUGUUCACGUGGGAGUGGGGUUUUUUUCCAUUUCAUUCGAGCUUCUAAUGCAAAUACUUGCUUUGUUUUCCAUGUAAAAAUCUGUUGAGCAAAAAUAUACUCAUGUACACUAACAUUAGUAGACUGUAUUCUCUGCAAGUACCUCACAUGUCUUCUCCUGCCUUGUUCUUUGUAGUAAACUUAUCCAUGUACUCCUAACAUUCGUAUGUAGUGUGCAACUGUAAUGUCAUGCUUUGGAGAGGGGGUUGGCUGCCUCCAGCCAACAUUCAUCAGUUCAAUAGCAAAACACUUUAGAUAAGUUAUUUUGCACUUUCUUAUGUAUAAAAUUGGUAGAAACUUAUAUUUGCUUUGUAUCAUUUAAAGACUCCUUUUGUUUCGGUAAAUGAACUGUGUAUAAAAUACUUAUGCAGUUAAAACUGUUUUUAGAAAGUAUUUUUAAUUUCAGCAAGUUUGGUUACUUGUUGCAUGACUAUUAACACAGCUGACUUUUUGUGUCAGUGCAAUGUAUAUUUUUUUUGUCCUGUUAUUAACUUGUAAGCCCUAGUUAAAUGGCCAUUUAUUUGUACAGCAUCAGGAGUAAAUUGAAGAUAACUGGCUAAGACUGGAGUGUGGAAUUUUGUACUAUAUUGCAGAAUCCAAUAUCUGUUUUUUGGUGGUUACGUAAAAGGCCUGACGAUUUACUAUCUAGUGUGCAAUCUGUGAUAUCUGAAUGUUCAUUGUAUAUUUGUCUCCAAUGCAAAAAGGUAGAGUAACACAAUUACAACAAUACAUGAUUAAAUGCAAUAGUUCAGGUACUGAAGUAUUUUUUUUUCAUUUCAAAUAAAUACCUGCUAUUUACCACCAAAAAGCUGUUUUGCAUUUGUUGGAGAGACACAACAUUUUGCAGUUGAAUAAACGUUUUUAACUCGGGAG